UACGGAGCAGAGAGGAGGAGAGUCAGGGAGAACGGAAAGGAAGAAGAGAAGUCUUCUCUUUUUCCGGUGCAAACGCCUCUUUCCAUAGCUUUGCAAUACAUCUCAUUUCGAGAGAGAAAAUGUUCAUAGAGAACUUUAAGGUCGAGAGCCCAAACGUGAGAUAUGGAGAUCAUGAGAUCGAAUCUCUUUACAGCUACGAAACGACGGAGCUGGUUCAUGAGAAUAGGAACGGCACCUAUCAAUGGAUCGUCAAGCCAAAGACCGUCAAAUACGAGUUCAAGACCGACAUUCGUGUUCCCAAACUAGGGGUAAUGCUUGUAGGAUGGGGUGGAAACAACGGUUCGACUCUUACUGCGGGAGUUAUUGCGAAUCGGGAAGGAAUCUCGUGGGCAACCAAAGAUAAAGUGCAACAAGCAAAUUACUUCGGGUCGCUCACCCAAGCUUCUACCAUCAGAGUUGGAUCUUUUAAUGGGGAGGAAAUAUAUGCUCCUUUCAAGAGCUUGCUUCCUAUGGUGAACCCAGAUGAUAUUAUAUUUGGGGGUUGGGACAUAAGCGAUAUGAACUUGGCUGAUGCCAUGGCCAGGGCUAAGGUCCUAGACAUUGAUUUGCAAAAGCAGCUGAGGCCAUACAUGGAAUCCAUGGUCCCCUUGCCUGGAAUCUAUGAUCCUGAUUUCAUUGCCGCAAAUCAAGGUUCUCGAGCUAACAAUGUGAUCAAAGGUACUAAGAAGGAACAAGUUCAGCAAAUCAUAAAAGAUAUAAGGGACUUCCAAGCUGCCACCAAGGUGGAUAAGGUGGUGGUUCUGUGGACAGCUAACACAGAAAGAUACAGUGAUGUAGUUGUUGGGUUGAACGAUACCACGGAAAAUCUCUUGACUUCUUUGGACAGGAAUGAAGCAGAAAUAUCUCCAUCGACGUUGUUUGCUUUAGCAUGUGUACAAGAGAAUGUUCCUUUCAUCAACGGAAGCCCACAAAACACCUUUGUUCCAGGUCUGAUCGAUUUGGCUAUACAGAGGAACAGUUUAAUUGGCGGAGACGAUUUUAAGAGUGGGCAGACCAAAAUGAAAUCGGUGUUGGUAGAUUUCCUGGUUGGUGCUGGAAUUAAGCCCACUUCUAUUGUCAGCUACAACCAUCUCGGAAACAACGACGGCAUGAAUCUCUCAGCUCCCCAGACAUUCCGCUCAAAAGAGAUCUCCAAGAGCAAUGUGGUGGAUGACAUGGUCUCUAGCAAUGGCAUUCUGUAUGAGCCUGGGGAGCACCCCGACCACGUUAUUGUCAUCAAGUACGUGCCUUAUGUUGGCGAUAGCAAGAGGGCCAUGGAUGAGUACACAUCGGAGAUCUUCAUGGGCGGCAAGAGCACCAUCGUCCUGCACAAUACGUGCGAGGACUCACUGCUGGCUGCUCCUAUCAUCUUAGACCUGGUCCUGCUCGCAGAACUCAGCACAAGGAUCCAGCUCAGAGCUGAAGGGGAGGGGAAGUUCCACCCCUUCCAUCCGGUGGCUACAAUUCUGAGUUACCUCACCAAGGCCCCACUGGUACCACCAGGCACGCCAGUGGUGAAUGCUCUUUCCAAACAAAGGGCGAUGCUGGAGAACAUACUCAGGGCUUGCAUUGGCCUCGCUGCUGAAAAUAACAUGAUCUUGGAGUAUAAAUGAAACCCGACCGUGAAUGCAAUGUACUGCCGUCUUUCACAUGCAUGUUUCUGUUUUCUGUUUUCUGCCUUGGGAUUGAGUGUUGCGCAUCUACUGCACAUUGUAAACUGUUAAAUGUGAAAUUCGGUGAAGCAAUAUGAUCUAUUGGUUUGCAACCAAA